UGAAAGGUGGUCGGUAAUAUCCGGCCCAUUUUUCCGUAAUUUUCUCUGUUUUGAACCUUAGAAUUGUGGGUACUGUCAUUGGCUGUUGGUCGUGGAGCUAAGCAAGGUUGGGGGCGUAUUAAGAAGGGAAGGAGGUCCCAUUCUAUCUGGAGCGAAAAUUGAUACAUUAAUGUAGACGCGAUAAUUACUGGAAGGUGCUGUAGAGAGUAAAAGGGAAGAAUGGGGAGAGAAGGAAUUGAUAUCAGAGAGGAUGAAGGUAGGGGUAGGCACCAGCGACUAAACCCAUGGAUUGCGCUUUCUGGUGGCCAUCAGAGGCACGGACAAUGGAUAAGGUCUAGGCUUAGAAGCUAUAUGUCUAUUGAGCAUCGCUACGGUGGGUGACAAUCAAGUUGAAAAUGAUUUGAUUCAUGUGAACCACGCGAAUCACUGCAAUUAACGACAGUCGAGAAUCCAAAAAGCGGUACUUCACUAUUGAUAAUAAUCAGUGGUACCGCACCUCACAAAUGGACCAAUCAACAAGACAAUAAAAUCGAAUAGUCG